ACGAUAGAUAGUGGUGUUCGGCGACGAUAGAUGAGAAAAAAAGAGGUGCGAUCGUUAACAAAGCGUCAGCUGGACUAUAUUUGCAAUCACGAGAAAGAAUGGCGUCUCUAAAGAUUUAUAUUGUUUUAUUUUUGGCCAUUGCAAUCAGUGUGGCAGUUGCAAAACCAGGAUAUUUAGGCUACGGAUAUGGCUUCUAUCCAUACUCGUACGGUUAUAGAUAUCCAUUCUACGGCCAUGGUUAUGGCUAUGGCCAUGGUUAUGGUCACGGAUAUGGUGGACAUGGAUAUGGUCAUGGUUAUGGAUAUGGAUAUCCGUAUGGCUACGGGCAUUACGGUCAUUAUGGCUUUUAUUAAGGACAUAAAACGAUGUCUUUCUUCUGGAUUCCCUGGAACAUCAUCCGAAGAAUGAGUUGAAUUCAGAAACAAUAUUCUAUCAUAUUCAAUUUAUCGCUUUUUCUCUAUUAUAUAUUUUUAUCGUCAAGUCUGAUUAAGCGCCAAGAUUAAUAUAAGAUUAAUAUGUCUG